CCCAAUUUUGGAUGUUCAUCUGGAAUUUCAAGAAAUCCUCACAAGAUAGAGGUUUUGUUAAAUUCUUAUGUAACUUCAUAUCUCACAAAUGGAUACAAAUGAAGAUAGUCCUCACAUAAGGGCGCAGCUUGAAGAUGAAGGAUCAGUUUUGAACUCAAAUCUCUUCUUGGAACAUGUCGGAGAAGUCUCUCUCACUAAUUCUGAUGGCUUGUCCUGGAAAUUGCUGGAGUCCUUACAUAAUGAGAAGGAUGGAUUAUCUUGUUUGGGCAUAAAAUUCAUUUCGAAAAGUGAAACGGAGAUCAAAUUUUCUGAUGUGUAUGCUGUUGAGUUCAUUAACUGGGGUUUGAUUCAUGAAUCAGUUCUUUCAAAUGCUGGAGGAUGUCUGAUACGUCAUGAAUCUGAGAUGUACCGUUUCACAGUGCAUGGUGUCCAAAGAUCAAAAACUAGACCUUCUCUUUUUUUGGCUGUGUACACCUUUGGUCACAAGGAUUUGCAGACGUGUCAUAUGUGGGUGAAUCGAAUCAAUGCUUUACAGAUGGAAACUGGGAGACCUAAGAGCCUUCUUGUUUUUGUUCACCCAUUGAGUGGGAAAGGAAAUGGCUGUAGAACUUGGCAAACUGUGGCUCCUAUAUUUUCACAUGCUAAAGUGAAAACAAAGGUGAUAGUGACACAGAGGGCAGGACAUGCAUUUGAUGUGAUGGCCUCUAUUUCAAAUGAGGAACUUAAUUCACAUGAUGGGGUCAUAGCGGUGGGUGGUGAUGGUUUCUUUAACGAGAUCCUCAAUGGACUUCUCUCUUCAAGGCUUAAAGCUCCUUAUCCACCAGCUCCUGCAGACUUUGUUCAUUCUGUUGGGAGUAAUGACAGUGUCCUGGUUCAUGAUCCAAAUGAAACAGAUGUUGAAACUUCCUGUGAAAAUGAAGACCACUCUCCUCUUCUAUCAAGUCCAAGAAGUAACCCUAUUGAGUUAUCAAAUCUCAGAACUGAAGAGGGAUCUUGUGAUAGAGAUCAAGAUUCCAAGUUUUCCCUACCAAAUGAACGCUUUAGAUUUGGAAUUAUUCCUGCAGGUUCAACUGAUGCCAUUGUGAUUUGUUCCACUGGAACUCGAGAUCCUGUAACAUCUGCAUUGCACAUUGUCCUUGGUAAAAGAGUGUGCCUUGAUAUAGCUCAAGUUGUGAGAUGGAAAACAACUACUACAUCAAAAGAUGUACCUUGUGUACGCUAUGCAGCUUCAUUUGUCGGGUAUGGAUUUUAUGGAGAUGUCAUUACAGAAAGUGAAAAAUACCGCUGGAUGGGCCCCAAGCGCUAUGAUUAUGCAGGAACAAAAGUGUUUUUGAGACACAGGUCAUAUGAGGCAGAAGUAGCAUGCCUUGAAGUUAAAUCAGAAAAGACAAGUGCAAGUUCAGAGACUGUGGCCAGUAAGAGGUAUGGUCUAUGGCUCCUACCUAAAAAAUCUGAAAGAGUAGUUUGCCGUGUUAAUUGCAGUACUUGCAACACAAAUAGAAGCUGUGUGUCUACUAGUGUUCCCCCAGAAGCACCUUCCUCUGAUCCUGAAGAACAAAGAUGGUUGAAAUCCAAAGGGAGUUUUCUCAGUGUUGGUGCUGCCAUAAUCUCUUGUCGAAAUGAAAGAGCACCUGAUGGUCUAGUGGCUGAUGCACACCUUUCAGAUGGUUUCCUGCAUCUCAUAUUGAUUAAAAACUGCCCCCAUGCAUCCUAUUUAUGGCACCUCACCCAGCUUGCAAGGAGGGGAGGGAACCCCCUAAACUUUGAGUUUGUGGAACACUAUAAGACCACAGCUUUCACAUUCACUUCCUCAAGUGACGACAGUGUCUGGAACCUGGACGGCGAGCCCUUUCAAGCGCAUAAACUCUCAGCACAAGUAUUUCGAGGCCUUGUCAACUUAUUUGCAUCUGGUCCUGAAGUGUAGAAUCAAACCCAUUUCAAACAUUUGCUUCAUUGUUGACUUAUACCCUAUGAUAUUGAUAUAGUUUUUGGGAAACCACAAAUAGGCUGAUUUUAUACUCAUUGAUAUCCCAUAUUUUGCAACUUUUUAGAUAGGAGUUAGGAUUCAUAAAAAUUAAAUUAAAUAAGACGAACUCCAUGGGGAAUGGUAUGUAUGAGGAUGAAGUUUGUAUAAACUAUACAGGCAUCCUACUUGAUGCAGUUAUAGUUUUAGUGAAAGUUUAGUGUAUUACAAGAGGAUACUCAAAUGUCUAAGAGAACAUUUUGUAAAUGCAUAUUUUCCUCAACUUUGAUAAAUAGAGGUUUCAAGUAUUUUGGUUUGAGGAUGAC